GACGGCGAGUGAGCGGCGAAACAAGUUGUCCAUUCCAAAUCGACGACCCGGCCAGGGCUCAUGCAGUCCAGCGUUGGAUCUUGAUCGCGUCCCACACGAUUGGAGUGUUUCACAUUUAUUUUCAAACAUGUCCAAGACGGCCCAUCCUGGUGUCGGGGAAACCACUCCUCAGACCAAUCCCCUAGCGCAGAUCCAUCAUCCGCGCCGAGGUUCUGCCUUGAUACUCUUCCUUUCGCCCAGAAGCAUCUCGUUUUUCCGGCUCGCUCAAGGGCGGGGUACGCAAGUAUGCUCGAUGGUUGAGGCAUCCCAUAUUGUUGUGCGCGUUUGGGAGAUCCGCUGUGUCAGACGAGCGGGCUGCUUCUGGACUGCCGCGCAGCCCGCUGGCGCCACAAGCGGCGAAUCCUCUUAUCGCUGCGGUCAAUUCAUUCCCACAUGGGACGGAUACAGAAGGACAGGGCAACAGACCGAUGUCACCAUACCGGAUACCUGCGAAAAGAGAAGAGAAAACGAGGGGCAGCAGGCGGCGUCAACCCUCGGAAGCGUUUGGAUGGGUGUUAUCAGAGGACCAUUAAGACCCAGUCCUGUUGCAACAACCUCCCCCGCCUGCCGCAGGAAGUGUCUCCACCCACUUAACGCCGUGACCCGGCUUCGGCGUAGAGGUGUCGGACCAGGGCUGACUCUCUCUCUCUCUCUCUCUCUCUCUCUCUCUCUCUCUCUCUCUCUCUCUCUGUGUGUGUGUUGCGCGGUCAGGGUCCGCAAGGUCUGUCGCUUUGGGGAUGCCGUCGCCGACUCGCGGCUCCCUGGCUUUGGGCCACCAGAGAACGCCGAUCUACGGUACUCGGUACAGUCUACCAUCACAGGAUGGGCAGGAGGAGCAGACAGUUCGUCUGGGCGUCUGGGGAUGGGCAAGCGCGCUUGUCUCGUAUGACGAGACACACGUUCUGCAUGUGGUUCUUGGUUCUCACGGGGGCGAGGAAGGGUCGUCACGAGCCCACCUGGCUCCGCUCUGGAAGUCAUGUUGGCGGUGGUGCGGUUCCUGCAGCAUCAUGACUCUCCUUCUCAGACUGGAGCGUGUGGGAGGGGACCGGAUCCGUGUGUGAGCGCUCAAGUGAGAACAUGCGUCGGCCCAUUCCGCAA